CCCUCGAUGAUGUCCCACGCGUGUCAUUACUAAUGCAGCCGGUAGCGCCGGAAUGACGCGGGCGAUUUCUUGUCGUUGUUUUCGGACGGAAUGUGUCUCGGCUCUCAUAUAUUAUUGAGACACGGAAAAGAAUAUGCAUCGACUGAAACACGAUUAGGUCAAACGACACGGGGGUGAUAACGCCAAGAGAAUAUGGACAUCCUGCCGGUGAACUUUAAAGUUCUGUGGUUCUGCGGCGCGUGGAAGGAGCGGAAAGAGGAGAACAUCGUUCUCGCUUUCCUGCAUUCUUGCUAUAGAUACGCAGUUCUCCUCUUGAUAUACCAGUUCACGAUAUUCGAGGUGAUAGAGGUGAUUCGCAUGCGCAAUCGCAUUAGCGAAGUGACGGAAGGACUUUUUAUGAUGUCGACUUUCAUAACGUUGUGCCUGAAAUACGCCAACUUCCUGCUGCGAAGGGACGAACUGUCGGCGCUGCUGGAAUGCCUGCGCGUGAAAAUGUGCCAGCCGAGGAAUCACACGGAAAGGCUGAUAAUAGAGGCACACAGUCGGAAAGGUACCGGAUAAUAAUUGUCGAAAUUCUAACGCACGUGUUUCGGAUCAAAUCCGUUUUGCACGACCAAGUCCAAUUUUUUCACUCUUGCGAUUAUCACUUUUUACUGGGUGACGAAGAAAAAAGGAAGAAGAAAAAAGGAAGGGAAAUCAUUUUUAAAUUCCUUUUACAUUUUAUAAUCAGCACAACAGCUCAGGGAGUCUUUUUACAAAGAAAAAAAAAUUAAAUAAUCAGUUUGGAAUUCCUUUCACAUCUUGUUAUUAACACAAGCACUGGCGAGGCGAAUGAUCCUUUAAUGACCGAAAUCAAAACGAUCCGUGACAGCUAAGUGGAGCGCUCUUUCCUUCCUGAUAAUAUCGCAUGUGACUGGCCUGGGUUUAAUGAUUGCGCCGGCCUUAGAAGCAAAUAUAGGGGAACGAGUAUUGCCCUUGAAAUCAUAUAUCCCAUAUUCCAUCACGAAACUGCUUCCAUAUGCAGCGACGUAUCUACAGCAAGCUGCGGCGAUUUUCUACGCGGUGAUGCUCAACGUCUCCUUCGACUCCCUCGUUUACGGCUUGACGAUACACGCGUGCGGGCAGAUCGAGUUGAUCUGUCGCCGAUUAACGGACGAUCUUGCAGCCUCGGAGACUCUCCGGGAGAGAUCGGGGGCGAACUGGUCGAUCGAAGAGUGCGUCAAGCAUCAUAUACUCAUAUACACUUUUGUGAGGGGAGUGGGAGCAUUAUUCAUUUGGACGGUGACGGUUCUCUUCUUCUUCAGUCUGAUCAUUUUCUGCACCAGCAUUUUCCUUAUUACGAAGACACAACUCUUUACCGUCGAGUUCUUUUCGCUAAUAUUGUACUUUAGCGGCAUAAUGUUGCAGAUAUUUUUUUACUGCUGGUACGGGAAUGAGCUUGAGUUGAAGAGCAAAAGAAUCGCGAGUGCCAUUUAUUUUAGCAAUUGGACAAUGGCGACGCCGCGAGAACGCAGAUCUAUGGUGCUCAUAAUGAUAAACAGUCAGAAAGGGUUCGUGUUUUCCUAUCAUGGAAUAUUCACACUGUGCUUGGACACCUUUACUUGGAUUUUUAAGACGUCUUACUCAGCUUUCAAUCUUCUGCAGCACGCAUCGAAUUAAUCAACGUACGCAUCAUGUUUGAUCAUAUAUUUUGUAGUUAUAUGUAUAUAUUUUAUAUAUACAUAGUAUUCUCUCUUGUGUAUAUAAACCCGUGUAUAUAGUUGUAUCUAGAGCAUUAUGAAAGUACAAUAGUUAAACAACAGUUGACGCAAAUGCGACUAAAAUGUCAUCCGUCAUGUAUUUUAG